AGAGCGCGCCGGCCGGAGAGGGUUCGGCCGCGGCCCCACGAGCCCCAGACCGGCCUGCCCGGCAGACGCGAAGCCGAUCGGGGCUCCCUCCCGCCAUGGCGCGGGUGCUGAUCGUGGGCGCCGGGCUCACGGGGAGCUUGUGCGCCGCGCUGCUGAGGAGGGAGACGCGGGGUCCGUUGUACCUCGCGGUGUGGGACAAGGCUGGGGACUCAGGGGGAAGAAUGACUACAGCCAGCAGUCCUCACAAUCCACAGUGCACAGCUGACUUGGGUGCUCAGUAUAUCACCUGCACGCCUCAUUAUGCCAAAAAACACCAAAGUUUUUAUGAUGAACUGUUAGCUCACAGCAUUUUGAAGGCUCUGACCUCUCCUAUUAAAGGAAUGAUGAUGAAAGAAGGAGACUGUAACUUUGUGGCACCUCAAGGAGUUUCUUCAAUUAUUAAGCAUUACUUGAAAGAAUCAGGUGCAGAAGUCUACUUCAGACAGUGUGUGACCCAGAUCAACCUGAGAAACGACAAGUGGGAAGUCUCCAGAGAAACAGGCUCCCCCGAGCAGUUUGAUCUUGUUGUCCUCACGAUGCCAGUUCCUCAGAUUCUGCAGCUUCAAGGUGACAUCACCAACUUAAUUAGUGAAUGCCAGAGGCAGGAACUGGAGGCCGUGAGCUACUCCUCUCGCUAUGCUCUGGGCCUCUUUUAUGAAGCUGGCACGAAGAUUGAUGUCCCUUGGGCUGGGCAGUACAUCACCAGUAAUCCCUGCGUACGCUUCGUCUCCAUUGAUAAUAAGAAGCGCAAUAUAG